GUGAGUGAGAGACUGGCUCAAAAAGCAUGAUAGUACUAGUUAAAAGACAGCAGAGACAAACUGGGCAGUGGUAAUUGCUUGCCUUAAAUCCCAGCACUCAGGAGCCAGAGGCAGGUGGAUCUCUGAUUUCGAGUCCAGUCUGAUCUUCAAAGUGAGUUCCAGGGCAGCUAAGUAUACACAGAGAAACCCCGGUCUUGGAAAAAUAAACAGAACAACAACAAAGACAGUGAAGAGAUGGCUCAUCAGUUAAGAGCACUGAUAGAGAACUUGGGUUCAAUGACGUGGGAUCCUUCAUCCUCCUUUGACUUCUGAGAGCACCAGGCACUUCCGAAUCACCUCCAGAUAGACUCCUGCACCUCACUAAACCAUCACAAUUUGUGGGAGCAAAGGUAGCGAGUGAUGUUGUAGUUAGGCUUGAGUUGCACAAAAAGCAGUAUCUAGUCACUGGCCACAGGCCUCCAGAUCCCAAGGAGUCACCUUCAAAAGCAUACAGAAUGUAAGAAACCGUUACCUUUUGUAGGCCUCUCUAAUGUAAAGAACGACUUUUGCAGGGUUGCUAAAUUUGACAAAUAGCCCUUGCAGGCCUCCGUCUGCUGCGAACUCCAUCAGCAGCCAUUGUAGUAGGCGCCCUGAACAUUCCAGUGCUAGUGAACACAGAGUGAAAGCAAGUACAGAAAGUUACUGUUACUUUUCCUUUCCCCGCCCUCACCCCUCACCUCAAGCCUUGUUGGAGAAGGCAUCCGUCCGCCAUUGCCUCUCGUCAAUGCCCCUUGCCAACUUCCCAGAUCUCUAAGGCACCAGAUCCUCACUACACAGUGUGAAGACAGUGCUGAAGAGUCGCUGCCUUCAGAAGAUAGACAGUUGUGGAACAAAACCAUGAGAAAUUUUCUCUCCAAGUAAAGGAGAGAGAUAUGAGUUCUUUCCAAGAAGUUUCUGGAAACAAGAACCUUUAUGAUGAAUUUCAUCUGGACACAGUUUUACCACCACAACUCCAGGACAAUGAUGGAAACAUGCAGAUAAUGGACGCCAAUGGGGACCCUCAAAUGUUAUAUGAGCAGCAAUUGAAGUCCUCCUUGGAGAGCCUAGAGAGCUCUUAUACCUUCAGUGUCAAAGAAGAUUGUGGUACAACAUAUUCAGCAUGCCAAGAGAAAACUCUUUCUGAUGAAGAAAUGAACAGAAGCAUACUGGGUGAAGUCUUUGAGAGGUGGUUCAAGAUCACGAUUCCAAAUGGGAAAAAGUACAACAAGAUGUGGUUAAUAAAUUUACUCCAGAGUUAUUGCAGUAUGGGCUUCACACCAGUUGAUUUCCAGUACAUCAGAAACGGUAUCCAAUUCUUUGUUCAAAGUACCAAAACUGCUGUUGAACUGAUGAAUAUAAACUACCAGAUAAGUGACGAGGAGAACAAAAAGAUUUCUAUCUAUGUGAAUUCAUCUAGUGAGCCUGCAUCUGUACACUAUAAGUUAACAGCAGCACAAAUGCACAGCCUAAAGCUGAGCAUGAAGAAACGAUAUGAUGUCUCUAAGAAAGCUCUGUACCUCGGAAAGCUUCGCUUUGACCAAGACUUGAUGGAUCAUGGAAUUGACAUGUUUCUGAACAGAAGAAGCUGCAUGACUGCUGCCCUUCAAAUCAUCCAAGAGAAUUUCCCCGAGCUGUUGUCCUUGAACGUGAGCAACAACAAAAUAUACUGGCUAGAUGGCCUGUCGGAAUUAAUAGAGAAAGCCCCUCACGUCAAGACUCUCAACCUUUCAAGAAAUUUGCUAAGAACAGCAUGGGAACUGGAGAAGAUAAGAGGGCUGAAUCUGGAACAGCUGUGGCUAGAAGGGAAUCCCUUGUGCAGCACCUUCCCAGACCAUUCUUCUUACGUAAGUGCGAUUCUGAACUAUUUUCCGGAGUUGUCACACUUAGUAAGUUCCCGCCUUCAUCAUUUCUCUUCUCCUUCAAACACAAGACCUCCAUCCCUGCUCCCAAGCCCUGUGUGUCUUGCUAGAAAACAUGUGUGCUCCAGGCUAUUAUCCAAAAAAAACAUGAAUAUUUUCCUUAGGGAAAAAUAUCCUAUAAGCACAGAAAGGAGGAAAGAGGAGAGAGGGAAGGGAGAUAUCUUGCAGAUGUCCACUGUAAUCUCACAGCCCACGGGAUUUCCUGCGCCAUUUCACACCUGUCUCUUAUUCUUGUUCCAAAGCCUUCUUUACCUCCUUGGGCAUCAUAUGUCAUGUCCCCCAUCUGUGCCCCUAAUAUCUUACUUCCUGCAGGAUGGCAGGAAAUUAUUCCCAACAAUUGACAUUAACACCUUGGAAAUAAUAAAACCACGCAAGGAAAGCUACAAAGGAUCUGAGUGUCUGAAGAAUCUGCUCGUGCAAUUUAUGCUUCAGUAUUACUUGAUCUAUGACUAUGGUGAUCGACACAGUCUCCUAAACGCUUACCAUGCAAAUGCCUGCUUCUCCCUGGCCAUCACUUUCAACUCCGAUAAGGCAGACAUGAGCAGCUUAGAAGACUACCUCAAAGAUAAUAGGAAUAUGAAGAUGCUGACGAACUCCUUUUUGCGGAUGCAGCUGCUGAAGCACAAAAAAUAUAACAUCGUGACCUGCCUCCAUGAACUGCCAAAAACACAGCAUGAUUUAAAUUCCUAUGUAGUAGACAUUUGUGUCCAGACAGAAAAAAUGAUCUGCUUCUCUGUCAAUGGAGUAUUCAAGGAAGUGGAAGGAAAGUCUUGGGGAAGUGUUCGGGCCUUCACCCGGACAUUCAUCUUAACUCCUGACAGGCAUUUCAGACUGUGCAUUGUGAAUGAUGAGAUGAUUUUGAGGAAUGCCAACCCUGCAGAGGCAAGGAAGGCCUUCUCUACCACUAGGCCCACAGUAUCCUACACCCAGAGUUGCUGGAACACCCACACUGAUCUAAAGUAUUGUAAGAACAAGUGGAAAUGCAUCAGAGAGGAUGAAGCCCUCUUUACAUUCCAGAGUGAGGAAAGAUCCUCAAGUGAAUUCUUCAGAUACAAGUUCUGAAAGGAGCCCUUGGAAAUUAUCUUCCUCUUCAUCCACAUUAUUGUUUGUUUGUUUCUUUCUAAGUCAUUCACCUGGCCAGAAUUAGAGGUCAGGUAACCAAGAAAUUAAAUAUACAUAGGCCAUGUAAUAACCACUCACAGGGCCAAUUGCUUUAUAUAUACCACCCAUGAAGAGGAUUUGUGCUCCCAUAAUAAAAAGCAUGCUGAAUCUUGUGUCCUGAAUCGCACUUUUCCUGCUACAUGGGAAUCAAGGCCUAAGGGCCCUGUGUAUCCAAACUUUCAUCAUAUUCAACUACCAGGCUUGCUUCCAUAGAAACUUGUAAAUAACACAUGAUACUUACAAGUGAUUAGCCUUUGGAGACCAGGAAAUCUCUGAAGACCCUCUAUCUGGACAGGCUUGUCAGAAACAUACAUGUGAUGAGAUUAGUGA